ACCCUAACUUGGUGCAGGUAAUAGUUGGGGGUGCUUGCUUGAAAGAUUUAAGGCGAGCAGUCGCAUUGUUAACGCGACCUGAAACCGCCUUACAGCAGCAUUAGGAGUACUUCCUACACAGGGCGUGGAGCGCAUUCAUUUCAGGUUGAAAACCAUUUGCAUCUAAAUUUGACUUUCUGGAGGACUGAUGUUGUGGACGGUUGAGGAGCAAUUUAUUGCUUACAGCAGGAGCAACAGAUUCAGAAUAUUCUGUUCCAGCUGAGAAGUAAAUCUUAACUGAAACUCCAUUUGAAUACUGAAGCAUAUCCAUGUUUCCUAGAAGGAUCUCUGAGAUGUUGACUUAGUGUGGACUUUACCUAUGGAUGCAGGUGGCUCAUCCUGCUGAAGUUAUGGAGUACAUGACACCAGGUGGUACCAUGCAGAAUGACAUAUAUUCCCUGGUUCUGGUUCUGAAUGGGAAGUGCUUGCUUAAUUGGGCUGUGGUGGGGUUGCAGAGGCGCCACAUGGGGCAAAGCCUCCUCGGCUUGCUCUGCGUCUCCUUGGCCCUGGUGGACACCUUCCUGGCUGCCGGCACCUCAGCCAUCUACCUCCUGGAAGACGUGUCCGUCCUCAGCCUGCGUCUAACCUCUCACCACAUUUGCCUGCUGGUUCAAACCGCAUGCUUCACCUAUGGCCUGAUGCACUGGCCCGUCUUCUUCAUCAUAGGCUUGGACCACUUCUGGAACCUGUCCCAUCGGCCACGGCCCCUGCACUGGGCCAGGAAGCUCGGGUACGCUGUGGGUGUCGGCCUCAUGUGGACUACAGCCCUGCUCUAUGUCACGUUGGUCUCCCAGUUCUACUUGGAGGUCCAGGAGGAGCCGUACCUGCUGCUGAGCUCAUGCCAGGUGUUCCAGAGCCCCCAAAGCACCCAGGUCUCUGUCGUGCUCCUGAUAACCCUCGCAUGUGCUCUCAUAAACAGCGUUCCAGGGUUCCAAGCUCCGGUCUUCACGGAAAUAAAGGUUCCUCCUGGCCACAUUGGGUCUGUGCUGGUGGAGCCACAGUGCAUGUCCCCAAGGGCCAUCCUGUCUAGAAAGCAAGUGCUCGGCCUAAUCCUGCAUGGCUUCCUCAGCACAUGGGCCCCCUACGUGCUUCUGCAGGCAGCCGUCCUGGUGCUGAGGGUGAACAUUCCAGCAUACAUGGACCUGAACGUCCCUUGGCUCUGUUUCCUCAACAGCUUCCUGAUCAGCGUGGCUUUGUGGGGCUACACCCGGGAUCUGUGCCAUGAGGAGAGAGUCAUGUUUACAGACGGCUUCUGCCACUGGGAUUUCUUUUCAGGCUUUCCAGACAUAGAUGGUCAUCGUUCAGAGGGUCAGACCUGCGUUAAUGUUUCCAGUCUCAAAGGAAUCUCCGCAUUGCACUAACAAGUUUGGGCAUGUAACAAGUAACGAGUUUGGGCUUGGAAUAUGCAGUUUUUAAGUCUCAAUAAAACUUAACAUACAAUCCAAAAAAACUUCUCUAUUUAGGACAGGAAAGCUAUUGCAAUAACAUGGGUUUCAUGUUAGCCUUGGACGCUGUCAAUUCAAUGCUUCAUCACAUCUAUUUUAUUCAAAGCUGAGACUACACCUUCACGAAAUAUCACACCAGAAAUGAGGAAUAUGAUCUCACGGGGGAAAAGCCAUGUCUGCUUCCUACACGGGGUAAAGAGCAAUUUCACUUUGGGUAUGUGGUGAAUAUAAAAAUGUUCACUGUUGACGGUAUGUAAACCUGUUUUCAAUGCUUGUUCUCUUAAACCUGUUUGGUGACUUUAAAAGUAUGUGAGGGGAAUAAAAGAUAAUAAUCUUUUGUUUCUAUUUAAAGUUUCAGAGCAACGUUCAAUCAUUUGCUUAGCUUUUUAAGCAUCUCUCAACACACAUCCUGAGCGCUGAGUCAAGAAUGAGCAUAAAAUGCAACAUUGUCUCGAAUGCAAAGGAAACCAUAGCUGACAUUCCCCUUCAUGUCUGUAACAACUGUGUUGUUUCAUUGCAACAUUUGUUACUGCCUUCCUAUUCAAUGAUCAGAACCUGACCUUUGUUUUAUUAAUAAACAAUGUAUUUUUCAGC